UCUUUUUCUCGACUUCUCUCUCUCUCUCUGUUCUCUGCCUUGGGAACUGCAACGGAAGAGGCGGAGAUUUGGUAGAUUCGGAUCGGGAAUUUUUUUGGGGGUCAGAGUAAAUCCGGUUUACGAUUUGUUUUCAGAACCGGUUGAAGUUAUCGAAUUGAGACCACCGGAGAAGCAGAAGAAGGAUGUUGCCAGUGACUCCACCGCUGAUCGAUCCGGGACGACGAAGUCAACGGCAUGGUGGAUUCCAUAAAAGUGUUUGUACUUCAGUUAACGAGUGUAUGUGUCAUGGGAUACCAGAUUCUCGCCAGCUACAGAGUGGAGAUAUAAUAAACAUCGAUGUCACGGUUUGCUUGGAUAGUUACCAUGGAGAUACAUCAAGAACUUUCUUCUGUGGAGAAGUAAGUGAAGGUUUUAAACAACUUGUAAAGGUUACGGAGGAAUGCUUGGAGAAAGGAAUAGUCGUUUGUAAAGAUGGAGCAAGCUUCAAGAAAAUCGGCAAGAGAAUAAGCGACCAUGCUGAAAAGUACGGCUACAACGUGGUGGAGCGCUUUGUCGGGCAUGGUGUUGGACCAGUGUUCCACUCUGAACCCUUGAUUUAUCAUUACCGAAAUGAUGAGCCUGGGCAAAUGGUUGAGGGACAAACUUUCACAAUCGAACCGAUUCUAACGAUUGGAACCACGGAAUGUGUAACAUGGCCAGACAACUGGACUACUUUAACAGCUGAUGGUGGGGUAGCCGCCAUGAUUUGUUGACCAGACAUGUGAUCUCGUUGCUGGAUUCAUACCAUGACCUCACUGGAUUGCCCUGGUGGGUCGUGAUUGCUUCGUCCACAGUGGCUGUCAGAACGGCUCUGCUUCCUGUCUUGAUUUUGCAGCGCAAGCAGACAAAAACCAUUUCACAAUUCUUACCGAAGUUUUAUUUCUAGUACCGCCUUUUUGGCCUCCAAAGGGUUCAGGAAGAAGUGUUGUUGAACAGUUUAUGCUCUUUCGGAAUCAAAGAAAAGCUCUUGGCUACCCUUCCUUCCUUUGGAUUCCUGCUUAUUUCUCCAUCUAGAUCUCAUGUUUUUUCUUGUGGAUAACUAGCAUUAGAAGAAUGUCACUUGAUCAUCAUCCUGGCUUUGAUACGGGUGGGGCUUUAUGGUUCCAGAAUUUGACUGAAAUCCCCAACGGUCUUUAUGGUCCACUUUUCCCCUUUUUGGUUACCGGUUUGCAUUACACAAACACUCAGGUGUUUAUUUACUCUUGUUCAAUCAAAUGUUAACCUUAUGUAACGAACUAUGCUACAUCUCAUCAGGUGAAUUAUACACUUCCUGAUCUUUUCUAGCUUGUUUUGAUGCUUCAUAUGUAAUGUAUUUAUUAUUGUUUCAGUAGUUGUUAUGCA